GACUGUCGUAAAAUUGAGCGCGACACUGAACCGCUUGACGAUAGAAUGUGCCACAAUCAACAUGGCCGAUUCUUUGAUAUGCGGCGAUACACAAUACAGGGUGAGCUCAGUCCUAAACAGAGAUGUGAAACAGUUUGGGAAGAAGUUCAUGUUUGACAGCAACGAGGAGACAUGCUGGAACUCAGACCAGGGUGACUGUCAGUGGUUGAUUUUGGAUUUCCCCCAGUCGGUUAACGUGUCCGAGCUAAAAGUUCAGUUCCAGGGAGGCUUUUCGGCCAAAACGUGCAGGCUGGAAGGUUGUUCAGGAGAUGGAGAUUUCACUCUGAUUAGUCAUUUUUACCCUGAGGACAACAACUCUCUUCAGUGCUUUCCCAUACAGGAGGCGGCCGCCGUGGACAGAGUAAAAAUAACAUUUGAGAACAGCACAGACUUUUUUGGGAGAAUUAUUGUUUAUACUUUGGACAUCCUGGGGGAGAAAUCGUUAUGACCCAUACUCUGAAUAUGAGAGAAAUACGCAGGACAUCAGAGAUGCGGGAUGUCUUUGCUGCCACCAUAUGAAUGGAUUGGAAUGCUGCUUUUGGAUGGUCACUGCAAUGGGCAAAUGUGCUGAUGAUUCACAUCUCAGAAGACCACGACAACAGUUCAGAAAUGUUCUGUACAAUAAUACAUUCUAUGCGCCCCUACAGUAUUAUGAUUAAUGUUGUAUUUGUAGAAUAGGAAUUGAACUGAAAAAAAA